CUACUAUUUGGCUAUUUGGCGCAAACGCAGUGAUGCAAAUAUGCCAUGCAGCAGGCAGAGCAGCAGCAUCAGCAUCGAUAGUAAACACUUACAAAGUGUGGUUAUAUCCGAAAGAAGCAAUACAGUUUUUAUUAUAUUAACAAAUACUCUUUUUAUGGUUGUGAAAAAUGGUGCAGUGCUUUAUACAGACUUGCAGAAACAGAUCGGACGGUCAAAAUGCGAGAAAGAGAAUAUAUAAUAUCGGAAAUAAAUUAAAAGUUUCGUUUCACAGUUUUCCCAAAAAUCCUGCAACUCGCAAAGAGUGGUUAGAUAUUUUGGGACCAACCAUCCCAUCAACAACUGUCCCAGAGACAGCUCGCAUUUGCUCUGAUCACUUUGAAGAGAAAGACUUUGACAGAAGUUCAUUUAUAAACCGACUUAGGCCAAAUGCAUUGCCCAGUAAAAGACUCAUAAUACACCAGAUAUCUACAGUACCUCUUUCACAUUUUAUUGUGGCAGAACCACCUGUUAAUGAUGAAAAUCCUGUUAAAACAGUAUCACAAAAAGUAGAUUUAGUAGAUAAUUCAUCAAAAAUAGAUCAUUUAUUAAUGCCAAUAAAAAUAGAAAAUGCCGAAGAAAUCGAUAUAUGGUCAUCAUCAACAAUGCCGAAUAUUUUUCCAUCACAAUCUUCAACAUCUAAAGUUGAUAAAGCAACAAUGGUUACUAAGGAUCUUACCGAUUUAUCCGAGAAACGUCCAUUACCAAAGCAAAUAGUUAAAGUGGACAAAGAAACGAUGGUAUCACCUGAACUCAUCUAUUAUUCUCCAGAAAUGUUUCGGUUGAGAAAAAGAAUUAAAUUCUUGCAAGCAGAACAUACGAGAAAAAUGCGAACUGCACGACAAAAAAUACGUCGAUAUAAAAAUCAAGUGGACAUGCUCAAAAGCAUUUUGGGCACAUUGAAAAAUAAUGUUAAAUGAUCCAUUUGAUGAGAUUAUUAAGUGAUUUAUUAAGCGAUGACUGAAGAAAGAUGACUGUGUAUUCAAACAGUAUACACUGAAAAUAUGUUUGUUUGCAUUAACUCUUUACUAUUGUUUUCCACGUGCUUAUGCAUAUGUUUGUGAUCAUUAUAAUAAAUGCUUACCACAUGCAAAAAUUA